UUCCUGAGAGACACACCUUCCCAUCUCUCCCACCCUGCUGGUCUCUCUCUCUCUCUCUCUGUAGGUUUAGUAUCGUGAGACGUUCGUCUGCUGCUGUUCUCUGUUCCGGUCAGCAGUGAAUCGGGACGUUUGGACUCCACUCAUCUUCAUCAGAUUGAUUUAUGAUCUGGGUUUGAGUUUGUCUGGGAUCCACCUGUGGUUUCUGAGUUGAUUUAACAAACUUUCCUCUUUGAAAGGACUGCGGGUCUUGUGUACGGUGAGCUCGAGCGGUGGGAAAUGAGUGCUCCUCUGCUGAAGGUCGGUGCGGUUCUGAGCACCAUGAUCUUGGUCACUAACUGGAUGUCCCAGACGCUGCCGGGGCUGGUGGGACUCGAUCCGCACAUCGCUCGGCCCGGAACCUCCGAGAAGAUCAUCAGCCAGGUGUCGUACCCCGGCGAGGACGAGGGCUGGCAGGUGUACGGCUCUGUUCAGGGGAAGUGCGUCUGCUCCAUCAUGACUCCGGCUCACGGCGCCUGCGGCGGAGAUCCUCGACACGCUCGUCUGCAGCUGAUCUCUGAUCAGCUGCAGAACAUCUCUCAGCACAUGGAGAUCCUGAGCCAGCGGACCACUCAAGAUCUGCAGCAGCUGAGAGACUCUGAGACGCUGCUGGAGACGCUGGAGAGAAGAUUGAACACAGUCCACGAGGAGCCUCACAGCCUGACCAGCAAGAGCCUGCAGGAGCUGCGCGGGAGCGUGUCUCAGUGUCGCCCCCUGCGGAUGCUGGUGGGGCGUCUGCGGGUCGAUGUGGGGCAGCUGGAGGCUCUGAAUGAGGAGAUGCAGAGGCUGAACGACUCUCUGUCCGUCCUGCAGGAGCGCUUCACUCUCCAUCAUUAUCAGCAGCUGCAGCAGCGCGAGUUUAUCCUGCAGCGGCACCUGCACUCCUGCUCCAGUCAGCUGGGUUGUGGCCUGCUGACGGGCAUCAGUGCUCCACUCACCAUCAGAUCCUCAGGCUCGCGCUUCGGAUCAUGGAUGAUGGACAGUCUGAUCGACAGCACAGACAACCGCGUGUGGGUGAUGGAUGGUUAUUUUAAAGGCAGGCGUCUGGUGGAGUAUCAGUCUCUCGGUGACUUUGCAACUGGACAGAACUUCAUCGUCCAUCAUCUUCCUCACCCGUGGGCAGGUACGGGUCACGUGGUGUAUAACAGCUCUCUGUACUAUAACAAACACCACAGUAACGUGCUAGUGCGCUACGAUCUGGCGUCGGGCGGCGUUCUGCAGCAGCGUCCGCUCACUCAGGCCGGGUUCAACAACACCUUCCCGUACUCCUGGGGCGGCUCGUCCGACAUCGACCUCAUGGCCGACGAGACGGGGCUGUGGGCCGUGUACUCCAGCAUCGGCUGCGGCGGGAACAUGCUGCUGAGCCGCCUGCAUCCCGACUCGCUGGAGGUGCUGCACUCCUGGGACACGGGCUUCUCCAAGCGCAGCGCCGGCGAGGCCUUCCUCAUCUGCGGCUCGCUCUACGUCACCAACUCACACCUGGCCGGAGCUAAAGUGCACUUCACCUUCCACACGGCCUCGGCCUCGUACGAGUACACCGACAUCGCCUUCCACAACCAGUACUCGCACAUCUCCAUGCUGGACUACAACCCGCGCAUCAGAGCGCUGUACACCUGGAACAACGGACACCAGGUGCUGUACGACAUCACGCUGCUGCACUUCAUCCGGACACGCCACGCAAACAGCACCGACUGACUCCAGAGACGUGUUCCCCAAACGCCCUGAACCUGCAUGAGCCACGCAUGCCAACUUCUACUCCCCUUCCCUCUUAUUUGCUAGAAAGAAAGAACUCAAAAUAUGGAAAUAUGCAAAUAUGUGACCCUAGAGCAACAUCAGUCAUGAGUAGCAUGUAUAUAUUUG